AUGCUGAUCGGUGCUGACGCCCAGCGCAGAAUCUCAUCGAACCAGGCCGGCAAAAUCGGACGGACUGAAAUCCCGGUAUGCACGGCCCGAGACCUGGUUGUCAAACUUGGCCAACUGGUUCUUUGGGGGGCGAAGGUUGAGAUUGGAUUAGGGCUGAGUGGUCACGGGAAGGGGUGCUUGGGUGCAUUCGGAGUCGACGGCAUUGACGAGAGAACGGUUGUUGGGCAGGUGGAUGACUCGGACUGA